AUGGCUAACAACAGAUAUCAUGGAGACAGGAGGGGAGUGUUUGCCUCUGAUGUAACAACUAUGAGUGGAGCUAAGAUUGAGAUACCUGGAACAUUGACACUACAGUACAGCACUCAGAACAGCACUCAGAACAACAGCCAGUAUAACGGUCCUGCACCCUCCCGAAUGUUGUUCUUAACUCUGACAGACGGUACCAAUAUAGUAAAUGGUAUGGAGUAUAAACCUUGCUCCCAGCUAUCUGUUAACCUUCUCCCUGGAACUAAGAUCCUGGUAUCUAACGUUACUGCUAGGAUUGGUGUGUUGUUGUUACAACCAGGUGCCAAUACCGCCCACAACCCUUACACUGCUACUAAUAACCCUACCAAUCAGAAUACAGCAAAGCGUAGUCACUCUACUCAGCAGAAACUCAACACAGUUCCUUCAAGACAGGAACCUUCUCUGGCACACAAUAAUUCCAAUGUUUCUGCGAAAGUAGCUCCUUCUAGAGCUCAUUCAGUUAACUCUGUGUCACACAGUAGUAAGAGAUUGAAAAUAGACCCUUCCUCAUCUAGUGAACUACAAAUAACCGAACAUGAUCUUGACGAUGAUUUUGAGGAGUUCUUUGAACCUGAUGAAAAUUUCACUACAGAUUUAGAGGAACCUAAAGUGAAGAUUCCGUCAGUUCCUGAAAUACCACCAGAUAUAAUACCGAUCAGCUGUUUAACCACAAACUUACCAUUCCCAGUAAAGAUAAGAGCCACAAUCUGCAGCCUCGCCUCUAAACUCCGAUCUGAUCCAGAGUGGACCUCGCAAGCUCUGCUGAGUGACAGGUCGGGUACUAAAAACAUUCGCCUCAGUGAGAAACUACUGGCUAAACUUAUCGGCUUUACGUCUCAGGAGUUUAAAAAGUUGAAACCUGUCGGAGCGACCAACCCGGGGAUAAAAGCGUUUUUAAGGAAAGGUCUGGAAACUUUUCAGGAGGAGGUGGCAUUUAAAACAGGCGUGUUCACCGUUCAGUUGAACACUGUACAGAACAACUUGUCGCUUUUUGAAGUGGUGGAGUUUGAGAAGAUUGAUGAGGUUAGUGAGAGGAAUCUGAAGGAAUAUGUUACAGCAACUGUGCAGUGA